GACACGAGCCAUCCACUGAGACACCAGCCACCCACUGAGGAAAGCAGCCACGGUCUCUCUCUGUCUCAGUCUCUGUCUCCGAGCAGCAGUGAAACCCAGAGACCAGGCAUUCCUGUAGGCCUGACCACGCUCCACCUGCUACACAUCCUCAUUCUCAGGUAGCCCCCGGGCGUGUGGGUGUGUGUGUGUGUGUGUGCGCGUAUCUGCCGCCAUGUCGGAUGAGGAGUGCCGUUCGCCCAUAGGCCUGGACUGCUGCAGCUGCUGCCUGGACCUGGCCAACGGCUACCCUCCGGAGAGCCCCGGGAGCGACGGCCUGGGAGGACUGGGCAGCCCCACCUUCAGCAACCCCUUCAGGCAGCUCCGCGACCAGCUGCUCUUCCAGAACACGGACAAGCUGAACCACAUCAUGCGGCAGGACUCGCUGGAGUCGGUGGUGCGCGACCCCUGCUUCCUGCUCAACGAGGGCGUCUGCAACAGCAACAUUGACCAGACCAUGCUCUCCAUCCUCCUCUACUUCCACAGUGCCUCAGGUGCUAGCGUUGUGGCAAUUGACAACAAGAUUGAACAAGCAAUGGAUCUUGUAAAGAACCACUUGAUGUACGCUGUUCGCGAGGAGGUGGAGAUACUCAAAGAGCAGAUCAAAGAGCUGGCGGAGAAGAACAACCAGCUCGAGCGUGAAAACAGCCUACUGAAGAACCUGGCCAGCCCAGAGCAGCUGGAGAAGUUCCAGUCACGGCUGCCCACGGACGCCCUGCCUCCCCUGGACCUCCAGGAGGGGAAUAACCCAGAGCCCAUGGCCCAAUACAUCACAGGCUCUGCUGUGUAAGUGGCUCUGUCUAGGGGCGGGCCGAGCCACUGCCUCAUCUGAAAUGGACCUCCAGUUGUAUGGUCGUGCAACUUCACAACAUGAAGAUGGUUAUACAGAUGAAACCUGACACGAAAGCAUAAAGAGACCACGUUCCAGUCGGCAUAACCUGUUCUGUAAUAUCCGACAAUCUUAUCGGACUAAGGCAGACAAGAGAGCGAGUUCUCUCGAUGCCUAUGGUUACAUUGGGACAUCCAGAGACACCCCCCCGCACCUCCUCCCUCCCCAUGUUUGCUACCCUCUGAAGGAGGUUUGUGUGUGUGUGUGUGUGGGGGGGGGGGAUGCCCAGCUUUGCCUUUCUCCCUCGCUCUGAUGAAGACGAGCAGAGGGGGGGUGUGUGUGUGUGUGACGGGGCUGGCCCAGUGAUCCAGAGAUCUGUGCCUGCGGAUGCCGCCGUGACACCGUCCAUGGCCCUCGCCAAGUCAAGGACACGGACACCUCCAGAGACGUCCCUCCCGCCUCUCCAGAGCCCCACGUGGAGGUUUUGUCCGGUCCUGAUGCAAGCAAGUUUUUUGGGGGGAUUUCAGACUGCCUACCCACAUCCUUCACACCUUGAAUGACAAGUUUGUUACUAAAAUCAAGGACAUGAGAUGCUGUUGAUGAGGACUGGAGAGUGUCAAGCAGGAGCACUGUUCCAAUCAGUGCCUCACUCAGCCGUUGUUUUUAUCAUCAUAACCGUUCGCAAACAUUUGCUUGUAUUCUGUGCAGUUGGGGCUUGCUGCUUAUGGGGGAAAAUACUGCAUUGUUUUGUUUUGUUGUUUUGAUGAAACUGAACAAAAUUCACUUUAUCAUUAAUAAUUGAUGUAAAGCUACGAUUCAAUGGAGAUAGAACAUCUGUAUACAUUUGCUUAAUUCUGUAAAUUAGUGCAUUUUGUGUAAAGUGAAGUGUUUAUUUGAAAUUGCAGAGUUGGAGCUAAACAGCUGAUGGCUGUUGCUGAAAAUGCACUCCCACAACGACUUGCCAGACAUUUGUGUUCUAUUGACUACAUGCCAACUUGUUCCUGGCACGACGUGUGUAUAUGUUUGUAUGUAUGUAUGUGUGCGUUGGUGUGUGAGUGCGUGUGUAAACGAGUGUAUAGGUUGCGUGAAGAAAACCAUGUUUUUUCCAAAUGGAUCUUGCGUUUUCUAACUACCAAAGACUUGCCUCAUACUCACAAGCCAACCAGGACCAUGUGUUACUUACACAGGGAGAAGUUUGGGAAAAAAUAGAAAGAGAACGUUGGGUUUUGUUGCUCUAUUGUGUCCAGUGGGGGGAUGGUGUUAACAAUGAUGUAUGGAUACAAAAUGCACACUGCAAUAAACCUUAUGUUUACACUA